GCCGUUCAUUCAGCGUCCACCUCCGAAAUGGCUCCGUCCCUGUCGAAGCUGACCCCCGCCUUGUACGAGAUCACCACUCAGACGAGCAAGAAGGUGCUCACGUUCGUGCUAGAGGCGGGCACUCCCAGGAGACAGGCUGGCAAGACCUUUUACGAGUACCUCAUACAGGUGAAGAUGAUCCCUAUGGCAACAAUACGCAAGAAGUUUAAUCAGAGUCAAAGGAAAAAGAUGGAGAAGAGUGAUAUCACGACAUAUGAUGUCUCACUUUUAUACAUCUGCAUCAUAUUCGGCUGUGAUGGAUUGGCACCUCCGGGAGAUGCUCAGUGGACGACGUUUGGCAACACACUUGAAUGGUGCAUAACAUCCAUCAAGAAUCGUAGGAAUGACUUCCUACAUGAAGAGUAUGUUGUGGAUGAUCAAUUGUUUUUUAGGGUGAUAGAGGAGCUGAGAGAUCUGCUUAAUAAGGCCCUCAAGAAAGCAGCAGAAAUCUACAACAUAGAUGAUGAUAUCAUCCAAAGUAAAUUGGAAGAUCUAAACAAAGAGAUCAACAGUCUCAGAGACAAUCCCUCACAGACAUCAGAUUGUCACGGAAUAGUUCUCGACAGACUGCGCCAGCAGGUGAAAGUCGAAGGGAAACGGGAGCUGAAGAAGAUUUACAGAAAGGAGUCCAGUUUUGGACCAGCUUCGAAUUUGCUUGGGAAAUCGAAGGUGCGUGUGGACAAGGUCUUCACCACGAUGAAAAUCAAGCAAGGUGGCUCACAUGAGUUAAUCCAAUAUAGUGAACUUCUUGCAAAAGCAGAGGAGAGACGGGGACAGAAAGGGAAAGACUGUUCCGUGUUGCUCAUUGAAGGGCCUGCAGGUGUUGGCAAGACAACCCUCACAAGAAAGAUGAUAAGUGACUGGGCCUCAGGCACUAGCUCCAUGGAGACUCUCACUGAUUAUGAUUUUGUAUAUUUAAGUAGGUGCCGAGACGAAAUAAAUUCCCUUGGCCACCUCCUUGGCUCUUUGAUGUCCAAAUUUAAAAUUAAAGUCCAAGGGGAACAUGGUCUAAUUGAGUGCAUUCAGCAAAAUAGACUCAUGUUCAUUGUGGAUGGGCUCGAUGAACUUCAUUCAUCAACAGAUAGAAUGCUGAGAGAAAUCAUGGAGAUGGGCAGAACCGAUGACAUAACUAUUCUCUGCACAACACGGCCCAACAAAGUCCCUGAUUUCAACAGAUAUGUACCAGACAAUUAUGACAUUAUGCAUGUCAAGGUUUUGGGUAUAGAAGAGAACAGACGUGAAGAGUUUGUCCGAAAUUAUAGCCAGGCUUUACAGGACCCAGGCUCCAUUGACAAAGACAUUUCUGGUCUUCUCGGGUAUCUGGCAAGAAAAGACAGUCGGAUGCAAGCCCACUGGCGGUUCCCCUUCAACUUGGUCCUCGUGACAAUAUUAUGGUUCCUUGACCCACAUGCUGUGAACAGUCUGACCACGGCAACAGAACUCUUCACAAAGACACAUGAGUUGUGCAUGAAAAGAUUGCUUCAGAGGCUGUCUGACCAUGAAGAAACAAGAACUCUGGACCAUGCUGAACUGAAACAAAAAACUGAGAAGUUCCUAAAGAUGUUCUGCAAAGAGGCUUUUAUCAACCAUUGUGGGAAUGCCAUAGUUUUGUCGAAGCCUUCAGUGCAAAGGCUCAUGGAGUCAUGUCGCCUUUUGAACCUCCCAGCAAAGGAGGUUCUUGGAGCAUUCCUGAUCCUGACAACUUCUCUGACAGAUGCGAAUGAAAAGCACAGUUUUCCGCAUAAAGGACUGCAAGACUUUUAUUCAGCCUUGCACAUGAUGGAGAUGCUUAUGGCGCAUGACCCGGGACUUAACAUCCCCAGUAUAAUAUCUGGAUUUGAGAAUGUUCUCCUUCAUGAAGAUGUUCCCCACGAUGUCAGAAGAUCUGUCAUAAAAGAUUGUAAUAAAACGUUAAGAAAAUGUCAACGAGCUUCAGCUAAGAAACUUCUUAGUAUCCAGGUUGUUCUGACAGAAGCCACCAAAGAAGCUGCCAUGUAUAACGGCCAAGAGGAGGAAACGAAUGACUUGGCUAAAUACCAGAAUAUUAUUGUCCACCUUACCGGUCUCCUUUACCUUAGAGGAAAGCCAUUGGCAGAGGAUACGUCAAGGAACCAGAAUAUUUUCAAGCGUCUCACCAAUGCCCUUCACCCGAGGGGAUUGCCAAAGGACAGAUCCACUGAGCUUGUGGAAUUACUCAAGGCCACUGGCAUUCGUGAUACAUCUCAGUGGCUGGAUUUGCUCUCCGAGGUCAAGUGCGACGGCACAGUGAGCGAAUUACUUGCCAAGGCGAUGGAUCUCACGGGACACAUAGAAAUAUCCGACGGCCAUUUAGCUGCAUUCAUGCGUGUUCUGAGUUACGCACGUCCGUCACUCUUGGUCCUAGACAUCAGCGGUGACCCUGAGGACAUCCCGUGCCUGCGGGAACUCCUCGUGGGGAUGAUAGACGCGACAUGGAAGGUGGAGCUAAGGCUCCGCCACGACUUCCGCCACCCGAGAGCCGAUGGGAGCGUCCUCGAUGUUACUCUUCAGCAAGUUUUCCGAAGCGGACGCCUCCAAGUCACGAAGUUCAGAGGGCAGUUGAGCGGAUCGACCUUGGCGGCGCUGCCCUCGAGUCUCAAGGAUCUAUAUUUGGCCGUGAAGGACGACGACCACUACCGGGAACUUCUUCUCACCCUGUCCUCUCUGCAAGGGCGGCUGCCAAGAAUGAAAUGGCUUGCCGUUCAUUCAGCGUCCACCUCCGAAAUGGCUCCGUCCCUGUCGAAGCUGACCCCCGCCUUGUACGAGAUCACCACUCAGACGAGCAAGAAGGUGCUCACGUUCGUGCUAGAGGCGGGCACUCCCAGGAGACAGGCUGGCAAGACCUUUUACGAGUACCUCAUACAGGUGAAGAUGAUCCCUAUGGCAACAAUACGCAAGAAGUUUAAUCAGAGUCAAAGGAAAAAGAUGGAGAAGAGUGAUAUCACGACAUAUGAUGUCUCACUUUUAUACAUCUGCAUCAUAUUCGGCUGUGAUGGAUUGGCACCUCCGGGAGAUGCUCAGUGGACGACGUUUGGCAACACACUUGAAUGGUGCAUAACAUCCAUCAAGAAUCGUAGGAAUGACUUCCUACAUGAAGAGUAUGUUGUGGAUGAUCAAUUGUUUUUUAGGGUGAUAGAGGAGCUGAGAGAUCUGCUUAAUAAGGCCCUCAAGAAAGCAGCAGAAAUCUACAACAUAGAUGAUGAUAUCAUCCAAAGUAAAUUGGAAGAUCUAAACAAAGAGAUCAACAGUCUCAGAGACAAUCCCUCACAGACAUCAGAUUGUCACGGAAUAGUUCUCGACAGACUGCGCCAGCAGGUGAAAGUCGAAGGGAAACGGGAGCUGAAGAAGAUUUACAGAAAGGAGUCCAGUUUUGGACCAGCUUCGAAUUUGCUUGGGAAAUCGAAGGUGCGUGUGGACAAGGUCUUCACCACGAUGAAAAUCAAGCAAGGUGGCUCACAUGAGUUAAUCCAAUAUAGUGAACUUCUUGCAAAAGCAGAGGAGAGACGGGGACAGAAAGGGAAAGACUGUUCCGUGUUGCUCAUUGAAGGGCCUGCAGGUGUUGGCAAGACAACCCUCACAAGAAAGAUGAUAAGUGACUGGGCCUCAGGCACUAGCUCCAUGGAGACUCUCACUGAUUAUGAUUUUGUAUAUUUAAGUAGGUGCCGAGACGAAAUAAAUUCCCUUGGCCACCUCCUUGGCUCUUUGAUGUCCAAAUUUAAAAUUAAAGUCCAAGGGGAACAUGGUCUAAUUGAGUGCAUUCAGCAAAAUAGACUCAUGUUCAUUGUGGAUGGGCUCGAUGAACUUCAUUCAUCAACAGAUAGAAUGCUGAGAGAAAUCAUGGAGAUGGGCAGAACCGAUGACAUAACUAUUCUCUGCACAACACGGCCCAACAAAGUCCCUGAUUUCAACAGAUAUGUACCAGACAAUUAUGACAUUAUGCAUGUCAAGGUUUUGGGUAUAGAAGAGAACAGACGUGAAGAGUUUGUCCGAAAUUAUAGCCAGGCUUUACAGGACCCAGGCUCCAUUGACAAAGACAUUUCUGGUCUUCUCGGGUAUCUGGCAAGAAAAGACAGUCGGAUGCAAGCCCACUGGCGGUUCCCCUUCAACUUGGUCCUCGUGACAAUAUUAUGGUUCCUUGACCCACAUGCUGUGAACAGUCUGACCACGGCAACAGAACUCUUCACAAAGACACAUGAGUUGUGCAUGAAAAGAUUGCUUCAGAGGCUGUCUGACCAUGAAGAAACAAGAACUCUGGACCAUGCUGAACUGAAACAAAAAACUGAGAAGUUCCUAAAGAUGUUCUGCAAAGAGGCUUUUAUCAACCAUUGUAGGAAUGCCAUAGUUUUGUCGAAGCCUUCAGUGCAAAGGCUCAUGGAGUAA